AUGAGCAACGAUGGAAGGUGUCGGAAGCGACUCGUUGCUGCUGUCGUCUGCUUCCUUUCAUUCGCACAGGUCAGUCAGUCCCCCUCGAACCCCUUUACAAACUAGAAAAUGUGUUUCAGACUGUCUACACAGCCUCAAAACCGCCUCCAGAAGCAAAAUUAACAGACGUGGAACUGACGUGCCCGGACGAUUGGAUCCGUCACGGCACGAAGUGCUAUCUCCCACUGAACAUUUAUCAGAGUUGGCCGUUCGCGCUCACAACCUGUCAGAGAUAUGGGUCAACCCUCGCAAAGAUCCAAACGAGCUCAGAAAAUCAGUUCAUCGCUUCUCUUCUUUCGAAACCCGGAAAACCGACGGAAGUGAAGGAAUAUUGGAUUGGACUGACAGUCGAAGUGACCGAUGAUGACGAGCUGUUCGUGUGGUCGGACGGUACGCCUACAAGCAGAUACGUUGGAUUCUGGAGACAGGACCAGCCCAACUUCAUAAAUGGAUCAUGUGCUCUUGGAAAAGUGGACAGAAAGGAAUUGGAGUGGAGACUGGAAACGUGUAAUUUGCUGCGAAAGUUCGUGUGCGAACGGCCUGCUUGUGUGCAGGAAUCGUACUUCUGCUCUUCCGGAAGCUGCAUUUCUGAAUCCAAAAAGUGCAACGGACACAAUGAUUGCGACGACGGAAGCGACGAGCAGAACUGUCCGUCGGCCUUCCAACCGGCAUGUCGCACUUACGAGAAAGGGGAGAGCGGUCAGCUGACUUCUCCCAAUUACCCGAAUGUCUACGAUCCGAAUUUGAACUGUCGACACGUGAUCGAAGGACCUGCUAGCUCCAGAAUCGAACUGACCAUUGAGCAUUUCGACACGGAGCCAGACUUUGACAUCCUCACAGUUCUUGACGGAGGACCAGCUGAGAACAGCACAACCGGUGAGUUCGUCCAGAGUUCAUUCGAGCAUGUUGCCAUUUGCAGUCAUAAAACGCCUUUCCGGCUCACUGGACACUAUCCAAACAAUAACCUCGGCGACAAACAUGAUGAUUGUUCAAUUCCGGACUGACGCCCAAUCGAAUUCUAGAGGAUGGCAACUCAAGUGGAGAGCUGGUUAGUUAUUCGGUUCGAAGCGAUCUGAAGUGUAACUAUUGCAGUUCCAUUCAACUGCGGAGGCCAUUUUACUGCUCAAGCCUAUGUGCAAUCGUUUGUUUCUCCCGGUUACCCGAAGACGUUCGCUAAUGGAGCAGAAUGCGUUUGGACGUUGGAAACAAUUCCUGGACAAGUUGUCUCUCUAAUUGUGGGUUUCUAUGAUCAUUAAACCAAACUGUUUCCGUUAUCCUUCCAGUUUGACGACUUCUCCAUGGGCUCAGACGACAGUCUGAUUGUCUACGACGGUCCAUCUCCAGCAGCCACAGUUCUCGCAGCGUGAGUGAACACUUUCUGUUUUGCAUUCUUCCAAUCCAACCCAUUCCAGCGUUUCUGGCAACUUGACCACAAAGAAGUACAUGACUUCAUCCACCAACAUGGUCUACGUCUACAUGAUGACUCGCACAGUCUCGAAUUCACGCGGCUUCUCCAUCUCUUACAAGCGUGGUUGCGAUAUUACAGUGAGCGAUUCGCACGGAGAGAUAAUAUCACCAGGAUACUUGAAAACUGCCUAUCCGAAUGACGUCACAUGCAUUUACACAAUCGAGAACGAAGACAUGAAGACCGACCGCAGUCUCAGUCUGAUUCCGAACCGAUUUGACCUGGCCGACGAUGACUCUGUGAAGGUAUUCGAGAAUUCCGUGAAAGGGAAAGUUCUGCACGAGAAUGAAGGAUUCUCUUCGAAAUUAAAACCGGAAAAGCAGAUAGACUCUCAAGCAAACCGACUGCAAGUUGUGUUCAAAUCGAGUGCUUCCAGAACUGCAAUGGGAUUCAAUUUCACUUAUUCCAUCGGUAUCUUGAAAACAACAACAUGUAAUCCAUACAUUCCUCAAUUGCAGACUGUCCUCCGUUGGCUUCCAUGCCCAUGGUGACAUUGUCCACGAGGGACCGUUCGGUCAAUACAAAAGUCACAGUUUCCUGCCCUAUUGGUUUUGAAUUCGCAUCUGGAGAGGGUCUCUCGAAGAACAUUGAAUGCCUGAUUGGCGGAAAAUGGUCACAUUCCAUCAUUUCCACGUGCCAACGUAAUUGCCCACUUUCUUUUUCUGUUAUUCACUUCUUUCUCAUUGCAGCUAUCUACUGCGGUCCAGUUCCGCAAAUCUUGAACGGAUUCGCUGCUUCGGCUACUAAUGUGAGCUUUGGAGGACAAGCCAAGUACUCGUGCUACAAAGGAUUCUUCUUCGCCAGUGGCAAGGACGUGGAAACGGUUUAUUGCGGAGAAGGAGGCAAGUGGAGUGCACCUCCGCAGUGCAAGGCUGCCACGUGUCAACCACUCACCCAGAUCACAAACGGAGAUCGGCGUCUGGAGUUCGGAGACGGCACCGGAUACGGAAGUGUUUUCCGAUUCGAAUGCCACUCUGGAUACAGACGAGAAGGCGUCGAGUCCCUUCUGUGCAAGGCCGACGGCACUUGGUCGUCCAAGCAGCCCACGUGUACUAGUGAGUUCUGAAUGGGGCAGAGAACGGGAAUAAAAGUGUACUAUUGCAGAGGUGGCAUGCACGAAUAUCCCCAAAGUUCCGAAUGCCAAUAUUGAAGUUCCCGAUCGGUUCUUAUUCGGUGACGUGGCACGAGUUGUCUGCAACUCUGGAUUCACUAUCGACGGACCUGAAGAGGUGAAGCGGCCCUCGUCCCGUGAACUGUCGGCUGCUGUUUUAGCCGGCCGCGGCACGCUCCCCAGGCCUUUUUCUUCUGAUGCGUGUUGCUACAGAUUUAUCUUAUUCAUUGUCAUAGUGAAUGCGUUCAUUAUGAUGUAAACUAACAAAGAGACACAAAAAGCACGCACGAGUAGCCAUUUUUCGAAAAAAAAAACUAUUUUUUAGUGACCUAUAGACGUUUUUGCGAGUUUCUUGUUGCUCUUUGUUAGUGUUGAUCACAAUGAACGCAUUCACUGUGACAAUGAAUAAGAUGAAUCAGUAUUUCUCCGGCGGCACGCAUCUUAAGUCCCUGGACCGCUGCAUCUAAGCAUUCGUGGACGACCGGCUGCCGUUCGGCCAUGUUUCGGCACCAGAAGUAAACCGGUCGGGACCAACUUUUUUUGCUGUUCUUUUUUUUCAAAGAAAGCUUUAAAAAAUUUAGAAAAAAAGUACAUUGUACUUUCCAGUUUUUGAGAAAAAUCCGAAAAGCCGGUUUUGGCCAAGCAGAACGGCGAUGGCGGCGGAGGCCAGGGACUAGAAACUUCCGCGCGACCCCCAGGAAAAAUCACCGUUAACAAUCUUCUCAUUCUUAUCAGUUUCUAUUAGAUCCGCUGUCUUGCCAAUCAAACAGUUUCCUCCACUCCCUCGUGCAUUGACGUGGACGAGUGCUCUUCUGGAAUCAGCCAAUGUCAAUCUCUCGGAACGAAGUGUGUCAACCUUCCAGGGUCCUACAUGUGCCAGUGCCUCGGCGGUUAUCAACCGCAACUGAGUAAGUUAUUCUAAUUCUACAUCUCGCCCGGAAAAGCAUUUUUAGUGUGCGUGGAAGCGAGUUCAAUCAGCGUACAAUCUGCAAACAAUUGGUGCAUUUCGGAGAGUGAUAAACAACACAAAACGACAGUCGUCAAGUUCGCCAUUCCGAUGAUUGUGGAAAAGAUUAGGUUCGGUGUCACGAAAUGUUGGUUCAAACGCAAACAGUAUACGAUUACAGGUUCGGGAAUACUCAAAAAGGAAAGAUAACGAAGAUAAGUGUGAAGUACAGCGAAUCGGAGAAAACGAGAAACAAGAAACUGAUAAUUGACAAUGAAUCGGUUUUCGCAUUAGACGAGGAGAACAUUGUCACGUUGCCGAUGGCCAUUGAGGCGCAAGUACUGGAGAUUGAAGUGAUCCUCAUGGAAGGAUCUCCGUGCGUCGAAGUGGAAGCUCUCGGCUGCCAGCGGACCUCCUGCGCAGACAUCAACGAAUGCCUCAAGAACAACGGUCACUGUGAUCAUAUCUGCAUCAAUACACAGGGAACGUACAAGGUGCAUUACCGCGCAUUCAUUUAGAAAACAAUUAUACUUUUCAGUGUGCUUGCCGCAACGGAUACGAUCUUUUCGUCGAGAACGGACAAUCCGGGAGAAACGUUUCGAUCGGAGAAACCGGAAACAAUGAGAACGAUUUCAUUCGCUUCAACAAGACCUGUGUGCCACGGCAAUGCGAUAACAUAUCUUCGCCGGAAAAUGGAAAGUUACUGUCGACUGCCAGCCAGUUCCAGUACCCAAUGGUCGUGCAAUUCCAAUGCGACUUCGGCUAUCAAAUGAUGGGCCCGGACUACAUCCAGUGCCUUGCGGACGGAACUUGGAAUGGAACAGAACCGUUCUGCCUGCGUAAGUACAGUUUGUUACUAGUUUUCAUUGAUGAAAAGGAUUUCAGCCGCCACGUGUCAAGGAAUCGAAACUUCGAACAAGGCGGAUGGUCUUGAUGUGAGCCCGAACAAUUCGACCAUCUCGUUCGGCCGCAACGUUAGUCUCUCUUGCACUCUCCCCGACCGUCCCGGACGCACUUCUUCUCUUUCUUCCUACCGCCAGUGCAUCUUCGAUCCAAAAGAGGACGGAAGGGAUUAUUGGCUCUCCGGCCCGACGCCCGAAUGCUCUUACAUCGAGUGUCCGGCUCCUCCAACUAUGCCAGGAGCAGUUUACAUCGGUGAUCUGGGAGACAGAAAAAUGGGAUCUGUCCUGGAAUUCACGUGCCGUCAACCGUAUACUGUGGUCGGAAGAUCUUCUGCUGGUGAUCAGACGAUUAAAUGUUCGUCAGAUGCCAGUUGGGAUCUUGGUGAUUUGAGAUGUGAAGGACCCGUUUGCGUGGACCCAGGAUAUCCUCACGACGGACAUGUCGACCUGACAUCUGUGGAAGAAGGAGCAAUUGCAAAGUUUUCCUGCAAGAGAUCUGGAUACGUUCCGUUCCCGACGGACACCCUUCAGUGUACUCUCGGAGCAUCCUGUGUGCUCUCCGAAGACGUUGGAAUCACCUCAGAAUUCGUGCCAGACGGAGCGUUCUCUGAUAAUUCGGACGCUACGAUUCAGGGAUAUGAACCACAUAAUGCACGGAUGGGAUCCUCUGGAUGGUGCGGAGGCAAGGAACAGUACAUCUUCUUGAGUGUUGAUCUUCAGAGGUGAGCCUAUUGACUUAUGACUCAAGGGUUUUGGAACUUGGUUUCAGAGUAUACACCCUGACGACGCUCCGAGUUGCUGGAGUUGCAGGAAGUGGACACCUGAAAGGACACGUCACAAAGUUCCAACUCUUCUAUAAAACGCAGUUCUCAAAGAAGUACGAGCUGUACCCAGUUGAUUUCGAGUCCCCAGCCGGGAACCACAAUGCAAUGCAUCAUUUCGACCUGAAAUACUCUCUCCGCGCUCGCUACAUUCUGUUCGGUAUCACUGAAUACGAGGGUAAUCCGUGCAUGAAAUUCGAUAUGAUGGGCUGUGUUGCCCCGGUUUCUGUUGCUCAUGAAGUGGAUAACCAUCUGCUCAUCGGAUGGAAUGGAUCCGUUCCCCAGUGCGUCGAUAUGGAACCUCCCAAGUUUGAGAACUGCCCCACUGAGGAGAUCUUUGCCAAGGUCGACGAAAAUGGACAGUUGAAGGCAGUGGAGUUUGUGGAGCCAGUGGCCAGUGACAACAGCGGAAAAGUGAGGAAAUAAAGAGGGUCAAUUUAUAUUGAAUCAUUUUUUGUAGGUUGCAUACACACAAGUGGAACCCCUCGGAAUGCGCAGUGGUCUAAUGAUCACUUCUGACGUGGAUAUCACUUACACAGCAUACGACAGUGCCGGAAACACUGCCGUUUGCACCCUGAGAAUCAGAAUACCAGACACUCAACCACCUGUUAUGAAGUGCCCCGAUUCCUACACGAUUCCAGUGGGAAACAGCACAAAGCACGUAGUGUUCGACAUGACCACAGUUGAUUUGGUGCUCCAUGAUACCUCAAACAUUUCUGAAAUCACCUUCUCUCCAUCUGAAGCAACUUUGAAGGUCGGAGACUUUGUGGAAGUGACGGCUAAGGCUGAAGAUGAGAACGGCAACAGGAAUAGUUGCAAGUUCCAGGUGGCUUAUGCUCGUUAGUUACACCUAUAUUUGUCCUUCCCUGAAAGUUAACAUUUCAGCAGAAGCAUGCUCUCCGGCUUCUCUCGCCGCUUCCAACCACGUCGUCAAGAACUGUGUCCACGAGGAUGCAGCUGUUAUCUGCAGCGUUGGAUGCGCGGACGGCUACCGAUACGUGGAUCCUACUCAAACAGCGCAGAACUUUGUGUGUAAAGACGGAAGAUGGUCCCCGAGAAGCAAUGCUCCAGCAUGUGUUUCAAUUCGUAAGAACUCAAAAACACUAGAUCUGAACUUCACUCAUCUUGAUCUCUUUUCAGCCCAAGAUCCGGCUGGUUUCCAUGUCAACGUCGGCAUCAACUACCCCAUUUCCUCUCCUGUUCCUGAUCACUGCCUUGAGGUAAUCGCAUAUCUCACUCAACAUUUCAAACUUUUCACUACUCAGGGUUACGCGAAACUCGCCGCCAAAUCGUUUGACGAUCUUGACAAAGUGCUCAGCGAGCGGUGCUCUUCGUCGGUUCAAGUGUUUGUCCGUAUGCUCAAAUUGGACUUCAGCAACCAAAAUGGACAGGUGAAACGAAAUUUGAAAGCUUUAAAAACAAACAAAUCAUAAUUUAGUUGACUGGAAAUUACACAGUCCAAGUUCUUCCGUCCGUCCAACAGAGUGUGUUCUAUGACUUGUGCGGACUUACUCUCAGAACCAUCUUUGACUUACGAAUUCCUGGAGCCACGCAACCGAUUCAAGCUCUUCUCAAAUUGGAGGGCGAUUCAAUCGCUUCACAAUCCGUGGGAUGUCCGACAGUGUCGGCUGCUGGAUCCAGUUUCCUUCAAGGAUUUGCGUGCCCGACUGGACAAGUUCUGAGACAGGAACAGAAGGAUAAACUCCCCGAGUGCAGUAAGUUUUUUGCUUGGUUGCUCAUCUGCUCAUCUCUCUUUUCAGUGGCAUGCCCAUCGGGCUCAGUUAACGUCAACAACACAUGCGCAUUGUGUCCGCGUGGAUCAUUCCAAGACGAAUACGGUCAAACCGCAUGCAAACCGUGCCCUGAUGGAACUUAUACUCUCGAUGAAGGAUCUCAGUCCAUGGGAAGCUGUCUCGCUACUUGCGGCUACGGACUGCACAGUUCCACCGGACUCAUUCCUUGCCAACUCUGUCCGCGACACACAUUCUCUGGACCUGCCCCUGUCGGUGGAUUCAAAGAGUGCGAAGCGUGCCCUUCUGGAGCGUACACUGCAAAGUUGGGAGCUUCAUCCGCCACCGAGUGCCGACUCGCUUGCAAGGCUGGCUCGUACAGUAACUCUGGACUAGAGCCCUGCUCUCUUUGCCCCGUCAACUUUUAUCAGCCUACAGUUGGACAACAGAGCUGCAUCGAAUGCUCCAACAGCACCGCCACCCAAGGUCCAGGAGAGGCUGCCGAGGCCUCGUGUUUCCCUAUUGAUUGCUCUGCUAAAAUGUGCGAGAACAAUGCGGAAUGCUCCGUUUUCAUGCACCGUGCUCUAUGCCAGUGCAAGCCGGGAUACGUGGGAGAUCGUUGCGAGACCAUCGAAGACGUCUGUGCCACGCAGCCUUGCUACAACGGUGGAAAAUGUGAACAGAUCGGAACAACGUACAAAUGCUCGUGCCCCAAAAUGUUCACUGGUGCUCGUUGCCAGUUCGAAACGGAUGAAUGCGUCGGUGUGGCGUGCCCGAACGGAGGAGUGUGCCACGAUCUGCCGGGAGUCAAGUCGACGACUUGUUUGUGCAGGUGAGCAAGCAAGCCUGUGAAUAUCCGAGCAUAAUCUUCUAUUUCAGGACUGGCUUUGCUGGGCCGCAGUGCGAGGAAGUGACGGAUAUCUGCUCGACGAACAACCCGUGUCGGAAUGGAGCGAGAUGUAUUGGAGAAAAGUUGGGACGGUUCAAGUGCCAGUGCGUUCCCGGAUGGGAUGGUCCCACUUGCGCUCACAACAUCGGUAAGUCCUCGCCAUACAUUCUGGAAAUAUCUCUGGGAGUGUCAUGGCUCAUCUAA